AUGCUGAAACGCAAGGCAGUCAGGCGUUGCUCCGCACAGUAUUAUGUGACUGCUGAAGAUCAUGUUGAAAAUGAAGUCAAGCACGAGAAACUUCUAACUGAGACGUCUAGACUUUCUUCUUCAUGGGCUGGUCUGAGUGUUUCGUGCACUGAGUCUGGUGAUAGAGAAUGCUCAUCGUCUUCUAAUUCUGUGAAUAGUAGCCCUAGUCACCGCCCAAGUUCUUUCAGUGGACCACUGGUAAUAUCUGUAACUUGUUCUUACCCUGCCUGCUCUGGGAGUAACGGUUGUGGUCUUCCUGUGACACCCUGCAGCAACAAGGGAAUACCCUUGAGCCCUCCUCAUGUUUCUCGCCCGUCGUCUUGUUAUCCAUCACCUGUUGCAUCACCUGUUUCAUCGCGCGUUCAAUGUUAUUCACCUUCAUUACCAACUUCCACCGUAUCUCCUAAUCCCCGUCGAUUUAGUAGCACUGGCGGUGCUAGUCCUUUGCUUGUUUCAGCUGCACUUGGACGUAAACGAGGAUACUUAUCUUGUGUAUCGGGGGGUGGUGGUGGUUCUAGUGAUGAUGCUAGUCGUGAGGGAUCUCCAGAAUCUUUCUGUGGUUAUAGAAGUAGUAAAUCCUCAUGUCAAAACGAUGUCCGAGUGUACAGUAAUGGAACUAACUCUUGUUCUGACUUUCCUUACUUCCGUUGGCCGCCGAGUUUACCUCCGGUGUCUAGUCCUUCUAGUCCAUCAUGUCAACUUUUCUCCAUAACCACAAAUUCAAAUAAUCCCAGUAGCCCCUCCUCAAUUCCACCUUCACCUCACAUCCUUCGGUCGUCUCCUGUGUCCUCUGUAUCUCACUCCUCAAUUCCCUCCGGUGGUGGUGAAUGUACAAGCUCUUCAGGUGAUCAUAUAGCAUCGGAUGCAUUAAGUACAAAUGAGAUUACAGACUGUAUGAUGGAUCUAAAUGUCAAGAAAUGUUGUCCUACUUCCCAUUCAUUACAUGAAUAA